GCGAGGUAGUCGGGUAACAAAAAAAUAAAAAUAAAAAAAUAACGAAUGGAGGUAUGGUCAUCAAGGCCACCACUGAGGCAUCAUCUGUUUGAUUUACAUGCUUCUUCUUCUUCUUCUGUUCAUCAUCAUUAUCAUCAUCGUCUUGUUAAUUGUAAAUCAUAUCAUCUUCCUGUUACAUUUAUCUUCUGCUGUUCUUCCUCAUCCACCACGUCCGCCGCUGUGCCAAAACAAUCCGGUAGACCCACAAGACCAUCCGCCGUUUCCACUACCACUUCAACUUCCGAUAGCGACACCAUUCGGGUUGUCCGUCUCAAAAAGGUGGAAGAAUUGAGGACAAAGGGAUUUGCUUCCAAUACUCCGCCCAAAUCCAACCUCCCACCUUCCUCCAAAACUACCCUAAUAUCUCCCAAACCCUCUCCCUCACCACCUAUUUCCGCCACAAACAUCAACACCCAACUUCAAGAAAAACUCCUUUACCUUGAUUCAUUCGGAAUCGACCUAAUCCCCCUUCUCGCCACUCACCCACCCCUCAUCUCCACCUCCUUAUCCCAUAUCAAAUCGACUAUCUCGUUCCUUACCACCACCAUUCCCCUCACCCCGCCUGCCCUCGACCGCCUUAUAUCCAUUUGCCCGGAAGUCCUUACACUCCCACUCCCUUCCAUCAUCUCCACCAUCACAUUCCUCCUCAGGGAAGCCCACGUCCGCAGCCACAACCUUCGCUAUGUCAUCCACCGUCGCCCUAGACUACUCACCUCUGAUGUAAAAACACGCCUUCGCCCCACCCUCUACUUUCUCCAAGGUACAAUUGGUAUUGCAGAUGUUAACAAGCACACCCACCUUCUAUCUUGCUCUGUUGAAGACAAACUCCUUCCUCGAAUCGAAUACUUCCACGAAAACAUAGGAAUUUCCCAUGAUGACACAAUCUUGAUUUUCAGGCGCUUCCCCUCAUUGUUUUGUUAUAGUAUAAAGGAGAAUCUUGAGCCAAAAUUUAAUUAUUUUGCGAGGGAAAUGGGGCGGGACUUGAAGGAAUUGGUGGAGUUCCCACAAUAUUUUUCGUUUAGCUUAGAGAAUCGGAUAAAACCAAGGCACCUGCGAUGUAUGGAAAAGGGGGUGUGUUUACCGCUGCCAGCAAUGUUGAGGUCUAGUGAGAAGCGGUUUUUGGAACGACUGGAGGUGCCUUUUGAUUCUUCCAUGCCAGUGAGGAAAUCUCCCUUUUGGUCUUACAAGCAUAGUGAUGAUUAAUGAUAGUGCUUGUUAUACCUUGUUGUUCUGUUUUUGUGUAUAUAGUAUCAAGAUUUCUAGAACAAGAAUAUUUGAUUUUUCUACAAGAUGUUUUGGUGAGUCUAGUAACCGGAAUGGAAUUUUAAGAUUUUAUGGUCAA